AUGGCUUUUUAUAAUUUUGCACUAAUGUUGGUAUUUGAAAAAAAAAUGGCACUGCAUUAUUUUAAAUGCUUUACUUUCCACUCUCAAGGUAAGUGAAACAUUGUUAUUGCUUCCAUUUAUUUUUCGAAGAGUUGUCCUUAAGUUUCCCUUUGACAUUUCUGUUUUUAAAGUGGAUGGAAAAGCUGAAAAUUCUAAAUCUUAGUCAUUCUUGUUGUCUGACACACACCCGACUUUUCAUACAUGCCUAAUCUUGAAAAGCUAGUACUCAAAGAUUGUCCAAUGUUGUCCGAGGUUUCUCCUAGCAUUGGAGAUCUCAGUGAAAUUCUUCUAAUAGAUUUGGAGGAUUGUGUUAGCCUUCAAAGCCUUCCAAGAAGCAUCUUUAAGUUGAAAUCUCUCAAAACUCUCAUUCUUUCAGGGUGUAUAAUGAUUGACAAGUUGGAAGAGGACAUAGAACAAAUGGAAUCUUUAACCACUCUGCUUGCACAUAAAACUGCAAUAAAAAGAAUACCCUUUUCAGUAGUAAGGUCAAAAAGCAUUGGAUACAUCUCUUUGUGCGGCUAUGAAGGAUUUUCACGUGAUGUGUUUAUCAUUCAUUCUUGGAUGUCACCAACAAAUAAUCACCCAUCCCCAUUUCAAACAUCUGACAUCAUGUCAUCUCUUGUUCCUUUAGAUGUACCACAUAGUAGUUCCCAGGAACUAUCAUCGAUUUCCCAGUGUCUUCCAAGUCUUCAAAGUCUUUGUGUGGAGUGUAGCUCGGAACUUCAACUUUCUCAUGAUGCAGCAAUAAUUUUGGAUGCCUUGUAUGCCACAAAUUAUAAGGAGUUGGAAUCAACUACAGCUACAUCAAAAGUAUCAAAACAUUCCUUGAAGUCUCUUUUAAUUCAAAUUGGAAUGAAUUGCCAAGCCACUAAUAUUCUGAAAGAGAUAAUUUUACAGAAUAUGGAUCUCAAUAGGAGUAGUGGUUGUUUGCUUCCUGGUGAUAGUUAUCCAAAUUGGUUAACCUUUAUUUCAGAAGUUUCUUCUGUGAAAUUUGAAGUUCCUCAAGUGGAAGGGCGUGACUUGAAGACAAUGAUGUGCAUAGUCUAUACUUCAACCCCUGGUAACGUAACAUCAAGUGGCCUUAAAAACAUGUUAGUGAAAAAUUACACAAAGGCCACCAUUCGGCUCUAUAAGAGUGAGGCAUUAGUUUCCUUUGAAGAUGAGGAGGGGCAGAGGUUAGUAUCAAGUAUAGAACCCAGUAACAAAGUGGAGGUCAUUUUUGUUUUCGAGAAUGAUUGCAUUGUGAAAAAGACAGUAGUUUAUCUCGUAUAUGAUGAACCAUCUGUCAAGAGAUUCUCUACUGAAGAGGAGCCCACUGAUGACCUUAAUCAGAACAGAAAGAAGAAAAACUGA